AAAGAGACGGACAAGUGUGCAUGUGUGUGUGUGCGUGCAAAGGGGAGUGUGGGAACGAGAAGCACCGGGGAUCCUGAGCCCGAAGGCGAGCUCUGUGAUUAGAGUGGGGGGGCUCUUCUGCCUGUGGAUGUGUUUGCCAGGACAACGUUCUCUGCAGGCGAGCGUAUGUGUGUGCGUGCUGCCAAAACCGAGUGCGGGUAUGUGUGUGUGCAACGGUGUCGUCGAUCAGCAAACGGCUCUUCGCAUUAUGCAGCCGACGGUGCUGAUCACACUUUGAGGGCUGAUUCAUCUGGACCAGGUUGUGUGAAGACAGACGGGUGAAAGACAAAUAGAUGGAAAGAAAGGGAGACAGUCUUAAGCUCCUGAUGCUCUGGAUCUUCCUGGACAUCCAAGGGUCUAGACCAUUUGUGGGAUGCCGGUAGCCCCCCUAUGAUCCCCUGCACAUUGGAAUUGCAGACACAACAACAAGACACACAUCAAAAAUUUCAAAAAGCGUUUGAAAAAAAAGAACUCUAAUCAAUGUUUGACUUAAAAGGAAGAUUUUCAUUUGACAUCCUUACAGACUAAAACAAGAGGAUCUACAGUCUUUGCGUGUUUUUUUUCUUCUGCUUGAAAUUGGUCCUAUCCGUGGUGGUGGGCUGUUGCAGGAUCCUAUCCCAGAACCGAGUGGGGAGAUAAGAGGCUGGCAGACAAGACGGGACAGACACAGGCAUGGCUCGCCUCAACUGGUGCCUGGCUGCUGUCAUUAGCUGGGGCAAGUUCCUCUUCGCCUGUUUCUUUCCUCUGCGGGGGGCCAAACGAGACAAGCCCGACGAGCUGGAGGGCGUCCACACGCACACCUUCAAGCUGAAGCCCUUUAAGAAGGCGAAGAGUUGUGAUAUAUGCAAACAGGCCAUUACCAAGGAGGGCCUCAUCUGCAAAGCCUGCCGGUUGUCCUGCCAUAAAAAAUGUGAAGUAAAGGUCACUACAUCAUGUCAGACAACCACCAACAGUGAGCCACCUCCCACUCCUCAGCUGCCAUUAAAGCAUGUAGAUACACCGGGAUCUACAAGGUCCUGCAAAAGUGUGGAGAUAAGACGAAAGCAGUCAAGAAGUCAGAGCGUGGUUCAGGCCAUGGAGGAAAGCUAUGAGGUGGAUCUGGUUUACAUCACGGAGAGGAUCAUCUCUCUGUCAUUCCCCGCUGGGGCCGAGGAGCGCAGCUACACCAACAACCUCAAGGAGGUGGCAGCUAUGCUGAGGUCGAAGCACGCCGAACACUAUCUGAUGCUUAACCUCAGCGAGCGGAGGAGUGAUUUAUCAAAGCUAAACCCCAAGGUUCUAGAGUUUGGCUGGCCAGAUCACCACGCUCCAGCGCUGGAUAAGAUCUGCAGCAUGUGCAAGGCCAUCGACACAUGGCUCAGCGGAGACCAGCGCAAUGUGGUGGUACUCCACAACAAGGGGAAUCGAGGGCGAACAGGCGUGGUGGUGGCUGCGUACAUGCACUACAGCAACAUAUCUGCGAGUGCUGACCAGGCGUUAGACAGGUUCGCCAUGAGGCGUUUCUAUGAGGACAAAGCACUUCCUGUUGGUCAGCCGUCACAAAUAAGAUACGUCCGAUACUUUAACGGCCUCCUGUCUGGGCACAUCAAAAUCAAUAAUAAGCCUCUCUUCCUGCAUCAUGUCAUCAUGCAUGGCAUACCCAACUUUGAAUCUAAAGGAGGUUGCCGUCCCUUCCUGAAGAUCUACCAGGCAAUGCAACCAGUCUAUACAUCAGGAAUAUAUAAUGUGCAAGGAGACAGCAACACCAGUAUCUGUAUCACCAUCGAACCUGGACUGCUACUGAAAGGAGAUAUUUUGCUGAAGUGUUACCACAAGAAGUACAGGAACUCGACCAGAGACGUGGUGUUCAGGGUGCAGUUUCACACUUGUGCCAUCCACGACCUCGGAGUGGUUUUUGGGAAGAACGAGCUCGACGAAACCUUCAAAGAUGAGAGGUUCCCAGAAUACGGGAAGGUGGAGUUUGUUUUCUCUUACGCACCUGAAAAAAUCAAAGGUCUUGGUCACCUGGAGAACGGUCCGAGUGUUUCUGUCGACUACAACACCCAGGAUCCUUUGAUCCGCUGGGACUCGUACGACAGCUUCAAUCAGCACUGUGAGGACACAGCUGAGGGUGAGCAGGAUGUUGCUCACACUCAAGGUCCGCUUGAUGGAAGUCUUUAUGCUCGAGUCUGCAAGAAAGACUCCUUGGAGGGAGUUGUUACCAUCAAUGGCCUCCCAGCUCGUGAAAACCCCCUGAAGAAUCCAGAGAAUUCAUUACAGCAGAGCAACCAUCCACUUCAAACAAGUGAGCAGACACUUCCUGUGACAGGCCACACCUCUCUCCCAGCUGUAGACCAUACUCUGUCCGUGAGCAGUGACUCAGGCAACUCAACUGCAUCCAUCAAGACUGAUCGUACCGAUGAGCACAGCCAGUCCUUGCAGAUUGCCGCAAGUCAAAACAACCCAACAGCUCACCCACCGCUAAGCCCACAAGAAAAAAGAGAGCUCGACCAACUUCUGAGUGGCCUAGAGGCACCAACUCAGCGGCAGGCCUAUUUGUCCACAUCUACCAGUCCAGGAGGAGGUGUGAGACACCUGGUCCCAGCACAGGUGCACGUCAACGGUGGCCACACUAGGCUUCUUGCGGUACCUUCAACAGAGGAACGGGAAACGGAUAUUCUUGACGAAGAGCUGCCUAAUAGCCAAGAGGGCAACAGUGUGGACAGCCUGGGUACCCUCUCAUCCUUAGAGGGUCAGGCAACACCAGGUAGCCUCUACUACCAAUCGCAAACGCCUGUCAGUGUCCAGAACGACGGCCCGUAUCUUGAGAGGAACGUUCUUGGGGAAAAGCUGAACGAAAUGCCUGUGCAUGGAGUACGCACACCUACAGCAUUACAAGAGAGGGCUGUAGACUCACCAUCGCCCCAGGGGGGAUACAGCAACUACCAAAAUGGAGGAGGGAUGUACCGCUCACAGUCCUUUGGGAACCAGCCAGCCAGUAGCCCUGAAAACAACUCUAAGCUGAUGCCCAGGGCCCCUGAGAGGAGUACCAGCAGUCGAGAGGCUGUUCAAAGAGGUCUCAACCACUGGCACCAGCAUAGUCUUCCAGAUGAUCCUUUUGGGCCUCCUCUUCAGUCAACCCACAGCCUGCCCCACUUCCCAACCCCAGCCUCACAACAAGACAUCGAGCAGUCCAUCGAGGCACUAAACAUGCUAAUGCUCGAUCUAGACCCAAUCAACUCGCACAUGUCUAAGUCCCACAGUGCGCCAUCUGGGGAUACAAGCAUCAGUUCAUCCCAGAUAGCAUUCUCUCAGACCCUGGCCAGGCCUUCCUACCAAGGGGACUCUGCUAUCCAUGGCUACCACAACUCUGGGUCAGUAAAUAACACCCAUUAUCCUCCCCAGCGAUCAGUAGGGAGGGUGCCAACAAUGCCAAACCAGAGUCCAGUUAUGGAUUCUUCAGUGCAGUCUUCUCAGAGGUCCAACAGUGGCUACCAACACCAGAGCACUACCCCGACACACACUCCUGAACCCUACCUCCACACACACCAAUCACCCCACCACUACACCACUGAUUCUUCUUCUAACCUCAACCAACAGAAGCCAAUAAACUCAUAUGCAGGAGUUUCACACUCCCCGGACCUGCAGGGUCCGUCUCCGUAUCCAGGCUACAGCACCUCUUCUUCUCCACUUCCUGCUCUUACCCCGCAGCCUAAGGACAUGUCUCCUUCACCUUUGCCCAGAGAGCAAGAUGCAGAGGAGGAGACACUAAACUUGGAAGGCCUAGUUGCACAUCGUAUUGCUGAGUACAACGCUCGUAUUCGGGGCAUCAGUGAAAGCAUGACACCUCAACAAUCUGACCGCCACCGCUCCUAUUCCUUCUCUGGAGUUCGUACAAGAGGGAUGACUCCAGAGGUGACGCAGGAGACAGGUAGACGUCGGACCACAAGCGAGGGGCAGUAUCAAAGCAGCCAUGAUAGCAUGUCGACGGGGCAUUCGCCAGACUUUGCCAACAAUCUGUCCCUUAACCCAGGAGGAAGACCCAGAGAGGGUCUUAUGCACAGUUACCGGGAGGCGUUUGAGGACACUGAGGCUGCACGUCUCGCCAACAGUCCCACCUUUGGAGGAAGCGCUCGCUCCACUCCAGGUUUGACAAAGACGCCUCUGUCUGCAUUGGGCUUAAAGCCUCACCAACAGGGAGGAUCAGAUAUUUGCAGUGUUGUGGAUGCAAGGGCACAGCCGUUCAAUUCUCCUCUGUCCUCCUGCAGUCCCAUUCACAGCAUGGAUGGAAGGCGAUCAGGUUCUUCAGAUGGAGCCCCAUACAGACCUGCCUCCCCAGAGGGCUCCCAGGUGGACAUCAUGGGCGUCCACACGGUCCCUGGCAGCCCCAACACCCUCCACCGCACGGUGGCCACCAACACCCCACCCAGCCCCGCGCUCCAGAGACGCUUGGGCCAAGGCAGCCCCUCCCUGGCCAGACACCCGCUUCCGACUGGCGUCCCCUCGAGUCCCCUAAUAGGCCGAAACCCCAAAACGGCAGCAGCCGGCGUCCCGCCGAGCCCGCUGAUGGGCCGCCGCACGGCGUCGAGCGGCCGCAGCACACCCGACGAGCUCGGGGCUGCCUCUCGUCAAGGCAGUGUGCAGCCGCCUCCCACGCCCGCCUUCCCCGUCUCGCCUCAUCUGCCUGAGAAGAGACACAUGUCCAGCGGAGACGCAGAGAGGACCGACAACAAGAACUUGACACAGCUGGCCAGCGGUGGCAGCACGCCAAACCUGUCCGGCACACAUCCCCUCUCAGACGUCUCCAAGUCCAUAUACGACAGUUAUCCAGACAUCAAGAUGAAUGUUAAGUUUGUCCAGGACACGUCCAAGUUCUGGUACAAGCCAGAUAUCUCCAGAGAGCAAGCCAUUAAUCUGUUAAAGGACAGGGAGCCCGGUGCAUUCAUCAUCAGGGACAGCCAUUCUUUCCGUGGGGCCUAUGGUCUGGCUAUGAAAGUGGCCUGCCCCCCACCGACCAUCCAGCAGAACAAAAAAGUGUCAGGUGAUAUGACAAACGAGCUGGUGAGGCACUUCCUGAUUGAGACGAGCUCCAAAGGCGUCCGCUUGAAGGGCUGUCCCAAUGAGCCCUACUUCGGCUGCCUCUCAGCUCUGGUGUACCAACACUCCAUGACCCCGCUGGCUCUGCCCUGCAAGCUGAUGAUCCCCACCAAAGACCCAAAUGAAGAGGCGCUGGAACUGGCCACACCCACUGAUCCUGUUGUCGAACUUAAACAGGUUUCAGUUCAAAGGACUCCUGAAGAAGCUUAUGCUUGCAACGUUCUCUACAUACACUCUGUGGACAUGGAGUCUCUCACGGGGCCUCAGGCCGUUGCGAAGGCCAUCAGUCAGACGUUGGCGACCAACCCUCUUCCUGCUGCCACCACCGUCCACUUUAAAGUGUCCACCCAGGGCAUCACGCUCACCGACAGCCAGAGGAAGAUUUUCUUCAGGCGACAUUAUCCGAUUAACACAGUAACUUACUGUGACACUGACCCCCAGAACCGAAAAUGGGGUAAAGAAGGAGGCGGCUCAGUGAGGCUGUUUGGAUUCGUUGCGAGGAAACAAGGAAGCACAACGGACAAUGUUAGCCACCUGUUCGCCGAGCUGGACCCCGAUCAGCCUGCUUCAGCCAUCGUCAGCUUCCUCUCCAAAGUGAUGAAGCGGUGAAACCUCCAUCGGCAGUUGGCCUCGUUGCAAUCCUCUUUUUUUUUUCACAAGGACUUAUGUCCUUUUUUUUUUUUUACUUUUUCUUGCUUUACACUCAAUUUCUUUCCUCCUGUUUUUUUUUUUUUUUCUUCUCUCUCUGCCUUUUUGGUUCGAUGGAGACUUUGUUGCAGAGUGGAGCUAGAGGACGUGUGGGGUGGAGCCGAGCACGUGACAAACAUGGAGGCCGUUACAGGGACUUGAAGAAGGAGCUGAAGGAACAAAACUAGGUUCAGUGGAGGAACAUGCCAGGAUGUUUCAGGGUUUUCUCUUGAGUUUGUUGAUUUACCAAAGGUAGUUGCAAUACAAAUGCAAGAAUGAUGUAGCUAUUAAGCCAUUAUUAUUAUUAUUCUUUCUUCUUUUUAAAAGAUGAAGUGUUGAACAAAUGAGUUCUUCUUGAACCUGUCUUCAGGAAAAAAAAAAAGUCGGCCUUAAUGGCUUUUAGCAAAACAAUGUCUGAAGACAUUAUGCAUGUUAGCUUGAUCUUUGAGCUUGGUUCAACUUUCCACAAGAAAAAAAACAAAAACAAAAAACAAGCAAAAAAGAUAACUCAUUGUGAAAUCCUUAGAGGUCAUUUUACGGGUCUGCUGUGCGUCGGAAAGGGCUCUGCAGUGAAACAACAACUGAUCUAAACUGUGCAUAGCAGACCUGAAUCAAAAAGGACAAGAAGAAAAAUCAAACCCUCUGAAGUAACUCGGUGUCAACGCAGCAACAUUUGCAUCACUUCGGCGUGUUGAAACACCUGGAUCAACUCCGGUUAAAAAAAAUAAAAGAAAUAAAAUCUUCUGGGGGCGCAGCAGAGACUCAAUGACAGUCUGUCCACAAGAUGGCGCCACACAUCCAAGCUUGCACUUUGCCAUCAAAGUAGACGUUUCCCUUCCUCCAUCACCACCUCCUGCUUGCAGUAGUUGAUCUGUUGAUAGAUGCUGACACACUGAAACACACUGGAUAGCACCAGGAACUGGACCUAUGCACUGUUCUUUAUGCAUGUUAUUGUCCCCCCCAAAAAUGCACCCUUUCAUCAACAUCCACUGAAACCAGGCUGUGCUCAUUUAAAAUAAAAGAAGAAAAACCAACCUUUAGAUGGUUGGAUGACUUGUCAAA